AAACGCCCAAACGAAUUAACGAAUUACGAAACUACUAAUCUCCAACCGCCACAAAAUAACUUGCCAGCAUAUCAUCAAUUACCUGCUGAUCUAUCGGAGGAGAGCAUACGCAAAGAAGCUGCACUAGUAUUAAAACAAGCCGAAAGUCAUCAAAGUAAAGCCGAGAACGGUGAUAAUAUACCAACAUUCAAGGUCAAGACCAAACGAAACAGCAGUAGCAGUAUUAACACCACAAAGGACACGAAUCCUAAAAAAUUUCACUCAUUACCGACACGUAAGAAAAAAGCACCGACUAAGCCAGUCGCACGUAGUUCCAGUGACGCAGCUGCUAAGAAAUCUGCCAAACGGCCGUCUAUCUUUAAUAUUUUUAGUCGAAAAAGUGACACGAAUGUCAAUCAAAGUGAACGUGACCCACGUUUUGAGGAUAGUGGUGGCAGAAGAUUAGUUCGAAGCAAGAGUGAUGUCGGUUCGUACAACCGUGGCGAACGAAAAUUAAAAAAAGCCUUGAAGGACUCAAAGCCAACACAUAACGGUUCGACAAAACUAUUGCCCACACAAUUAAGUCCAAUUAUUGAAAACACGCAGAGAGAAGACUAUUUCGCGGAACAGUUCAAUCGAGAAAGACGCAAGUCGGAUGCUAUCACUGACCGUGAGAAGUAUGAGAGCGCUAUAGAAGAAUUGCUCCACCGUAGCGAAGUAAAAGCUGAAGUUGAUGGUAAUAUAUUAGGUAAAAAUCCAAUUUCGGCAGGCAUAAAAGACAAAAUUUUAACGCUACAAUCUAAAUCAAACGAAAACAUGCACAGUUCACAGUUACCGGCGCAAAAGCUGCCUCUGACAAAGGGUGUUACUGUAAAUGGAAUGGUAAAACGAUUAUCAAUGGAACGUUUCUCACCUCCACCAACUAUAUCUGGUCCAGCAUUUUCUUAUAUACGACCAAAUGAAGGUAUCACUUAUGCCCAGCUUGACUUGAAUGAUGAACAUCAACAAAACACACUACAACGAAAGGAACGUUUACUCUCACCCACACGUGAAAUACGUACCCCUGUUAGGGAGUAUAGAUCUCCUGCGAGAGACAUACGCUCACAAGAGCGAGACUUUCGUUCCAAUACUAAUAAUAGCAAUUACAAUAGAAAUUCAGUAGAUCGUACAGAAUUUGUAACUAGUCACAAUAACAGUAAGCAAAACAGUAGUAGUCGAGUCAUAAUUGAGUCACCAGCACGUACACGCAAUUCCUUUUCACCUAUAGCAGGACCGACUACUAUACGUAUUUCGAGUUCACAUUCCCCUUCACCAUGGCAACAACUAAGUCCACGUAACUUAAGUGAUGAAGAUGAAGGGCUUGGUAUCGAAACUCGUAAAUAUUAUGACGAUGAAACUUUAAAAACUCGUAGCAAAUCACCCGCUGAGCCACCAAUUGUGCCAGUCAUACGCAGUAUAACGCCAACACGAGAAAAUAGCUACGAAAAUCAACCCUACCGGUCACCAUACCGUGAUGAACCAGCUGAUGAUUUACGAUAUCGUCGAGCACGCUUAGAAUCACGCAUAUUAACACGCCGAUUUGGUGAUAUCGGUACACCAGAACGUACAAUUGACCAUCAGCCACGUUCUAAGGGAUACCAUUACAGCAAUUCACCGGAAAGAAAUAGAGAUCUACUACAAUCUCAAACCACUCAUCAUCGAUAUCUGAGUCCAGAUCGUGAACCGUAUGAGCCACGUUUCCAUAAACCAGCAAGUGAUGAAAUUUUACAAAAAUAUUCUCCAGAACGUUCACAUCUAGAUAUAAUAUCGCCUACUACAAAAACAACUACAACGUUGAUGAAUACAUUACCUAAAAUGGAAAAAACCUCUCGUUACAAGCAUACUAAAUACUACGAUGAUGGCAGAGGUGGGGUAAAGGAUGUAUAUGAACGUGAAACACAUCUCGAUGCAGAUGGUAAGCCACAUGUACGUGAAUCGAGACAUCAAGAACGAUUGGAUUCUUUUACUGGUCAGCGAGACCAGUCCUCACUCGAGGGUCAACAGCUUACAGACUAUGAACCGAAAAGUUUAGAUUCACAGUUCACCAGCACCGAUCAGUAUCGUUCUUCGCCAGAGAAUAUGAAGAGGUACGAAAUGAGCAUGGAACGAAACUUGCCACGACAGCAGCACAGUAGCGAAGACCACUGGCACAGCAGCUUGAAACGGGAUAAAAUGCAACAACGAAGUUUCGAUAAGGGUGACUCCGGAAUUGAAAACGAUUUUCGAAAAGAAUCUUUUAAUGGUGACUUGACAACAAGAUGGCGUAAACGUACGGUUGUCGACGACAUGAAAGCCUGUGAAAUGUUUUUGAAAAAAGAACGCCGCCACACUGAACAACAGCACGUAACACGACGCAAAGACAAUUAUGUUUAUCGCGAACGCUCCAUCGAUGAUGGCUCACACUAUGACCCACAUUUGGACAAAUAUCCGGUGGCGACUAGUACUCUGCGGCACAAAGAUCAACACUCACAAACCGUUCAAGGACAAGAAACGCUCAAGCGAAACAAAAAACUUGGCGGAUUCGAGAAAGUCAAACAACUUUUUACCGGCGGCAGUGGCGGCGGUGGAGGCAGCGGUGGCAGCAGUGGCGGUAGUAACACCUCCAAGAAAGAAUCAGAGCGUCAUGUGCGAGCCAACAGCAGCACCACCAGCAGCGGUGCUCAAGCGACAUCCAAAGACAAAGACAAAGACAAAGACAAAUACAUGGUUAAAGAGGAAGAGAUGCGUUUGCGGUAUCGUGAACAUCGCGGCGCUAUGCAGAAUGAAGCAAUGCGCGAACAAAAGGCUACCGACAUAUCGAUGCGACGCCGUUUGUCCACACCCAAAGCUAGUCCACUACUAUUGAAACGUACCUCAUCCGACAAGACAAAAAAGGAAUCACCACUCGCAAAGCCAGAAAAAACAAGUUGGUUUAAGUCACUCGAUAGACGUUCUAAAAGUAAAUCGAAAGAAAAGUUAAAUGUUUCUGUUAAUGGACAAAGUGAAACCUCAAGUAUGAAACGUACCAAAACAACGCGUACUACAUCUGCUCCUCCAAUACCACCGAAAAAUUUACGUUUCUUUGGCGAUACUGACUUGGAUUCAAAUCCACCAACUCUUUCGAAAGCGAAUACGAAUUUAAAAUCACGACCCUCGCUGUCAUCAACGCUUAAUCGUUCCCAGAAAUAUUCACAAAGCGCUUAUCAUCUCGAUCGUGUUGCAAAACCACAACCUCAUAGAGAUUACAGAAAUGAAUUAGCAACUAAUGGUGUCGGUACAUCACGUCAUAAGAGUACAUCUAUGCAUAAUUUAGAAAAGGAAGGCACUGAUGAAGUUGAUUUUCGCAAACGCAGACAUUAUUCCCGUUCUCGAGAUCUGGAUGAUAUUUCGGAGACUGGCUCAGAGACAGAAGAACAACAUAAACGCAGCAAUGGCGUAUUGGGUAAUGGCGCAAGGACUCUAUCACGAGACCGAUUGGAUCGUACGCACCGGUAUGAUGAACACACUUAUCGACGUAGUCACGAUCGUCAAACUCCGGUAGUAUCUUCUACACCGAAUGGUGGUGAUACGAGUAGUAACACACAGAGGCGAAGUAACCACUUGACUGGACCACCGAAGCCAGCACGUAGUGCAGAAAGACGAGUUCUAUCAUCAUAUAAUAGAGACCGUGAACGUUUCCCCGGUGAAAGUUCAGGUACAGAAGGUGAAUCGAGCCUACAAAGUCAACGUAGCGUAGUUUACUUACACGCUACUACCGUUGGUGCCAUACCGCAGCCAUAUCACUUAAGACGUCGUUCCAUAUCACGUGAUGAUCUAAGAUCAAACAAAAGUAAAAAUCAACCACUGCAGCCAAUGACACGUACAGUUUCCCGAUCGGUCUCGAUGUUGGCACCAUGGAAACCAAAACUUAUAAGUGAGGGCUACGAAAUCAAUUACUCGCAAGAGCAAAACAAACGAAUGUCCACACUACCACGUAAACCGCAUCAAAAUGGUAGCACAAGCACACUAACACGCAACAAUAAAAAGUCAGAAGCACCUUCUACUCGAACAAGACGACAUGAACUAAUCAAAGACGACCAGUCGUCAUUGAGGAAUUCAUCAACGACAAGUGCAUCUAAAUCGGCGCUCUCCUCAAACUUACGCAAUGUAGAUAACAGAAGAAAGAUAAAAUGAGCUUACUGCUUCUCGUAAAUUUAGGAGCCAUGUACACCUGACCCAAGGAAAGUAACUAACCAAAUUAGGAUCCCUGUACGACGUAGUACAUAUGCUCGUCCUUUGCACGCAGCUUUAUCAGCAAGUUUAAUAAAUUAAUUGGUGCUCUUGAUGUGUUUGUGAAAAAGAGUAGCAUGUAGUAUUUAAGUUAAAGUUUUUUUCUAAUCAAAACAAAAGCUUUCGAGCGACUAAAGCUUUUAAGCUUUCGAGCAUAUCAAUAUCAUUCAAUGAAUAAUAAUGAACUUUCUUAACUUUGCAACUAAUUGUAUGCAAUUCUCGUCAUAAUAAAUACCUUUUAUUAUAAUUAUUAUUAAUUUUAGUUUUAUAAAAUAUAUGACAUAAUUAUAAUUUUAAAAAUAUAUAUUGUACUAAUUGCAAACUUAAAUCUUAAACAUAACACAAUAAA